GCUGGGAGUGUGGAAUUCUUGUUCACUCCGACGUCUCCUUCCCUCAUAUUCUUUACGUUUUGAAUACACGCAACAAAGUAGUUUGCAGACAACGUGACCCCGACUAGAGCGCGGCUUUUAAAAUAUGCAAUGUAUCGCCACAGUAAGGAUACCUACCAGAUCUGAGCUGCAAAAAUCCAAAUGACCGCGAAAUGGCAGCAAAUAGCUACAGUAAACUCUGAGCCAUUACUGCCAUCCUGUGGUCUGGAGUUUGGCAGCUGGAAUCUGACUCGAGACCUGUGGAAAUGCAUCAUGUGAGAACUGGGCGGAGCUCCUUGCCUCUUACAGCAGUUGGCGCAGGAAAUCAUCGGAGGAGGAAGCGUGGCUUGUAAGUAACACCAGUGUACGGAAGUGCUGCCAGAAGAAAAGGAAUCCAGAGAGUUCCGUACAGAAGUCAAGCCAGAGACUAAAAGCAGAUGGAGAGCUGGCAAGGGAUCCCCCACUCUGUUAGCAGUAAUACAACAGAUCUAACCAUUGGCUUUACUUCUUCAGCAGUCGCUGUUGUCUUAUUUGGAACAAACUUCGUACCAGUGAAGAAGUUUGACACUGGGGAUGGAAUGUUCUUCCAGUGGAUUCUUUGUGCUGCUAUCUGGAUUGUUUCUUUAAUUGUUAACCUGAUUCAGAACAGCCCUAGAUUUUGGCCUCUUGCUAUGGUUGGUGGCUUUUUAUGGGCUACAGGUAAUGUAACAGUUGUCCCAAUCAUUAAAACCAUUGGGUUAGGCCUUGGCCUUUUAAUCUGGGCUUCUUUUAACUUGCUAACUGGCUGGGCAAGUUCAAGAUUUGGUUGGUUUGGAAUUGACCCAGAAGAAGUCAGAAAACCAGUUCUGAAUUACAUUGGAGCAGCACUCGCAGUACUGAGUUCCAUCAUAUUUCUUUUCAUAAAAAGUGAUGUCCAUAACUCUUCACCAUCUUCAGAAAGCACUCCGUUAUUAAGAGAACAAUCUAUCAACACUUCUGAGUACAGAGUCGAAAACAGGAAUGAUGUAUCUUGGGUGGACAACCUUUCUCCCUUGGGAAAGAGAAUGGUAGGCUGCUCUCUGGCUGUAAUAGCUGGGAUAUUGUAUGGCUCUAGUUUUGUACCUGUGCUUUACAUCAAGGACCAUGGCAGAAGAAAUGGGACCAUGUAUACAGGAGCCAGUCAAUUUGACUUAGAUUAUGUAUUUGCCCACUUCAGCGGCAUCUUCCUUACAAGUACUAUCUACUUUUUGAUCUACUGUGCGGCAAUGAAAAAUAACCCUAAGGUUUAUCCUGCAGCUAUAAUACCAGGAUUUAUUUCUGGCAUAUUAUGGGCAAUAGCCAAUUGCUGUUGGUUCAUCGCAAACCACUAUCUCAGUGCUGUUGUGAGCUUCCCCAUAAUCACCGCUGGUCCUGGUUUUAUAGCUGCAAUGUGGGGAGUGUUGGUGUUUAAAGAAAUAAAGGGACUGAAAAACUACCUGCUGCUCUUAAUAGCAUUCUGCACUAUUUUGGCUGGAUCCCUCUCUACAGCUUUUUCUAAAGUGUGAAGAAACAUCUUUUGAUCCAGCAGAUGGCAGCGCUAGUUAAUACAUGGAAGACUUUCAAGAAGGUUGCAUCUGCUCUUUGUGGGGUCACUGAUAUCUUUGUUCUCACCAGAAAAACAGAAAACCCUCUUUUGCUUAAUGUAUAACAUUCACUGUGGUCUUUCUUCAUUUUUAAAAAUAAGAAAAUCAGUUUUUUAAAGCAACCUUAAACCUGGACCGUUAUGAGAUCAAACGUAUAACAAAGGCAUUGAUGCUGUAAUUUUUUUUACCUUGUUG